CAAACCGCUGCCCAUGAGGCUCAAAAACUAAAAUUAGUGGACGAAAACAACAAACAGCGAAAUAUUCAAAUACAAAUAUAUACAUCUUUCUUAGAUAAUUAAUGACAAGAGAUAAAAAUAAGCUCAAUAUAAACCAAAAUAUACAAACCAUAAAGUAGUGUUUUUUAAGAAGAACAAAAUUGUCAUUAAAUUGGGCAAAGUGCGUUUUGUGUGUGUGUUUGACUUACAUAAGACGUUGGGAAAGAACAACCCGGAAAUCGAGACAGUUUAAAAUGGAUUCGGAAAAAGUAGUACGCGCCAUGGCGCGCUGGUGGCAGACUGUCAGUCAAGAGGAUGCGGACCCUUCGGCUCGCAACCCAAUGCUCUAUGACCCACUGCAGGAUGGUGUGGUUAAAACUUCGAAGACCCGUCAAUAUGUGGCUGCCCUGAUAAUGUGCUUGGGAGCCGUUGCCGCUGGCACAGCUUUGGCGUGGACCAGCCCUGUGCUAGAUCAGAUCAGUGUGCACCCGCCAGCUAACACCACAGCAGGGAACUCAACAAUGGGGAACGCUACAAUUGCCAAUGGAACCAGCCCAAUACCGUUGCCUCUGCCAAGCGAAGACCGUCUGCAACUGACAGCGGGCCAACAGACCUGGGUCAGUUCCCUGCUGGCUAUUGGCGCCUUUCUGGGAGCCAUGCCCACGGGAUACAUUGCUGAUGCCAUAGGCCGACGCUACACAGCAAUGGUCAUGAAUGUUCCCUUUAUUUUGGCCUGGCUCUCGAUUAUCUUCGCCAAUUCUGCUGGCUGGCUUUAUUUUGGGCGUUUUCUGAUCGGCAUCUCCACGGGCAGCUUUUGCGUGGUCGCACCCAUGUACAUAUCCGAGAUUGCCGAGACGAGCAUUCGUGGCACCCUGGGCACUCUAUUCCAACUGCUGCUCACUGUUGGCAUACUGUUCGUGUAUCUAGUGGGAUCUAUGGUGUCCUGGACCACUUUGAGUACGCUCUGCUUGUUUGUGCCAAUCUUUCUGUUUUUGGGCCUGCUCAUAUUGCCCGAGACGCCAGUCUAUCUGCUCAAGAAGGGUCAACGGGCCGAGGCCGCCCUCUCGUUGAAGUGGCUCUGGGGUCGCUACUGCGACUCGCGCAGUGCCAUCCAAGUCAUCCAAAAUGAUCUGGACCAGGCCGCAGCCGAUGCCGGUAUCCUGGAUCUUUUCAGUAAUCGUGGAGCCCGCAACGGUCUGGUCAUCUCCAUACUGCUGAUGUUCUUUCAGCAGUUCUCUGGCAUCAAUGCGGUCAUCUUCUACACGGUUCCGAUCUUCCAGUCCGCAGGCAGCACUCUCGAUGCCUCCGUCUGCUCCAUCAUCGUGGGCGUUGUGCAGGUGAUCAUGACCCUAACCGCUUCGCUGCUGAUCGAUCGUGCUGGGCGAAAGAUCCUGCUGCUCUUCAGCAGCACAGUAAUGUCCAUCUGCCUGGCCAUACUGGGUGCCUACUUCGACAUGAAGGAUAGCGGCAAGGAUGUCUCCUCCAUUGGCUGGCUGCCGCUGCUCUGCGUGGUGCUCUUCAUGAUCACCUUUUCGGUGGGCUAUGGCCCCAUUCCCUGGCUGAUGAUGGGCGAGCUCUUCCUGCCCGACGUCAAGGCCACUGCCGUCGCAAUCACUGUGAUGGCCAACUGGCUGUGUGUGUUUAUCGUCACCAAAAGCUUUGGCACAAUGAUCGAGUCUCUCGGAUCGGACGUCACAUUCUGGUUCUUCGCCACGUGCAUGGCCGCUGCCACCAUCUAUGUGGCCACAAUGCUGCAAGAGACGAAGGGCAAGAGUGCCAGCCAAAUACAGUCCUGGCUAAAUGGACGCUAAUGGACUUUCCUAGUUCUUGUAGAUUAGUUUAGCCAGGUGCUAUUGUACUCGUAGGUAGAUAUGAAGUCAAGACCAACCAAUGUUGAAAGAAAAUUCUCGUCGGUUAGCCGAUAGAUAAGUUCUGAAUGAUCUUGCAAACACAAAUGUCAAAUCUUUUUUUGCAAGGGUAUAAACACUUAAAUAGAUAGAUAAUAUUGAGCAAACUGUACAAUUAUUCUUAUCAAUAUUGCACAAUGUUAAUAUUAAGUAUACACAGUUCAAUUAGUUCCUAAGUACCUAUCUAGAAUGUCUAUGUAACGCCUUCCCUUCAUUAGAUAAGUUGAUGGGGGACUUGGGAAAAGACCCUUCCUCGUCCUCUUCAGUAUAUGUGUAAGUAUGGACAGAAGGAUGGAUGGAAUGGAUGGCAAAGACAUAUACUCUUAUGUAUAUAGUUGAUAAUAAAACUAAACUGUACAGCAAUCCCAA